AUGUUUAGUAUAGCUUAUAUAAGCAAUGAUGAAUUCGAAGAAGCUGAGAAUAUUAUUCAGGGUGAACAUUAUGUAAAUAGAACUAAAUUGAAUAAGAAACUGUGCAUACAUUUAGAUAGUAAUAGUAUUAUGAGAGUAAAGACUAGAUUAGGUUUAGGAAAUUAUGAUAAAGAUUUUUCGAGUCCCAUAUUAUUACCAGGGAAAAAUGUCAUUGUAAGGCGACUCGUUGAAGAGAAACAUAUAUACUUAAAGCACAUUGUAUCACAUAUUUUAAUGUCAGAGCUGAGAAACAGAUUCUGGAUUACAAGUGUGAGAAUGCUAUGUAAGGAUAUAGUUAAGAAAUGCAUAAUUUGUCGUAGGCAAAAGGGCAUACAUUAUGAUACACCGGAGACACCACUCCCUCUUGAACGGAUUCAAGGCACGGCAGCGUUUCAAAUGACAGGUAUAGAUCUGGCCGGGCCGUUGUAUUUACGUAAUCAAGAGAAAUGUUGGGUGGUUUUAUUUACUUGCGCGACAUUUAGGGCUGUGCAUUUAGAGAUGGUAGACUCAUUGUCCACAAAUAGUUUUAUUAUGAGUCUUCGUAGAUUUAUUGCUCGAAGAGGUCGUAUAGACGUCAUUUUCACGGACAACGGAACAAAUUUUCGAGGGACUGCCAAUUUACUGAAGGAUAUUAAUUGGCAGGAGGUUGAAAGUGUGACGGCAGCCCAUGCUAUAAAGUGGCGUUUUAUUCCACCUAGAACUCCUUGGUGGGGAGGUUGGUGGGAGAGGCUCAUUAGAGUAUUAAAGGAGAUGUUGCGAAUAAUAUUGGGGCGUCAGCGAUUGACUUGGGUAGAGUUGGACACAGUCUUGUGCGAUUGUGAAGCUGUCAUUAAUAGUCGGCCACUAACAUAUGUCUCGACUUGUACCGACGAUUUGCGGCCACUUACACCUAUGUUAUUUCUACAUGGCUUACCUUCUAAUGAUACUUCUGAUUUAGAUUAUGUAGAUAAUAUGAAUUUAAAUGUAAGAUACAAAUAUUUACAAAAGUUGAGAGAAGAUUUCAGAGUUCGAUUUCGUAAGGAGUAUUUGGCUUUACUUACAGCUAGAUGGAAGGAGAAGACAAUAGAAAUGAAGAAAUGA